AUGCUUCUCUUCAAACACGGACGGAAUCGGGCUGCCGCGUUCGGGAUGCUGCGGGAACGGCUUCUGCUGGUUUGUUGGCUUCUCUCUGCUAUGGCGCUCAUCCAUCAAGUUGCUGGCGAUGAUCCUCCUCAACCUCCUGUUGAACCUCCCCCUGCUCCUGCUUCUGCUGCGAACACUGUUGGCUUUGGACGUCACACAAAAUCUGGCGAGAAGGUCAAGUUGGCAAACGGCGAAUGGAAUCCAGCAACUAGCCCUGAAGAUCUGAAGGCGUACAAGGAAGCUGGCGCCCUGAACCCGUGUGAUGACAUCGAAUACGAUAAGGAAACCGGGGACAUCAUUGUCAAGUACAGGAAGGAUGGGAGAACCAGAGAUCAGGGAUGCAUGGUGGAUCUGCUUACGAAGUACACAACAUCAGUCGACUUCAUCAUUGGAAUCAAGAACGGCAACGGCUUGGAGCAUUGCUUGAAACCGACGACGACAUAUCCGAACAGCCCAUGCAAGUGGUACCAGGUUCUUGGUUGCGGUAGAUCAACGGAGUAUCGGGAAAGCAGCUACGCAAACACGUUCGUUUUUGCAAUGUUUUAUGUUCUUUUAAUCUUUUUAAAUUUUCUUAGGUUGCCAUUCAUCUACAGUCGUACUGUCGCUGAGUUCCAGUCGAUGCGUUACUUUCAACCGGCUACUGGUGAUGGCUGCCCUGGGUCUUGCGGUGGUAAUACGGUCUGUAGGAAAUGGACUGGUCUUGCUGCGGGAUUUGCCAAAAAUGAUGGCAAACUUCUGAGAACCGUUGCUGGAAUCGGUGAUCCCGGUGGUUCGUACUGUGGCUUGGCAAAUUCAGUUGGGGAGAAUGACGUCAGCUACAAGAUAACAGUCGACAAUGGAAAUAUGCAUUGGUUCCAAUCGGAGGGCUGCGCUUGGGAAGAAGGAGGGUUUCCAAGAGACACUCGAUGCGUCAACAAGAAUAGCAUGGCACAAGAGCUGGGUGAAAAAAUUACCUGGGAGACUGAACCUCCAAAAGGUGAAUUCACACGUCUGUUCACCUUCGCUUUGCUUCCUCAAAAAGCAACCAGGGUCCACACCAGAGACAGGAUCGAGGGUGAUGGCCUUCGUGGACCGGAAUGUGACGAGAUCUACGUCAAAUUUCCAGGCAGUUCAUUCAAGCUGUUGGUGCCCGGCGGUAGUGCUCCACCUCAAACUGGUGAAACUCUUGAACCACCACCACCGACAGCACCGAGUACUCCACCGCCAGUACAGCCGGCCGAAGGUGGAGGAAGUCUGGGAAUCGUCAUCGUCAUAGUCAUCAUCGUCGUGAUUGUUGCUGCUGUUGGCGGUGUUCUCGUCUUCUUCUUCGUCAUCAAGAAGAGUGAGCCCGAUGCAGUUGAGGAAGACUAUUUCGGCACAUCGAAGGCUGGUGGAACGACAAAGACCAAAGCUGGAACAACGGUUGGGGCAACUCAGGCAAAGACUGGAGGGCUGACAACGGUUGGGACCAAAGCUGGGACAACUGCUGGGGGAACUGCAAAGACGGCCGCUGCGGCAACCAAGGCUGGGACGACUGUUGGUGGAAAGACUGCUGGUGGGAAGACUGCUGGUGGCGGGACGACGAAGAAGUGAGAAGAGAAGAAUGAUUGGACGUUGUGAUGAUUGAAGAAUAUGUCCAAAUAAAUAAAUAAAUAUUUCUUUCUCCCUCCCCUCUCUAUAGGCAUUUCCCCCUUCUAAUAAUGAGCAUCUCUCUAAUAAUUAUUGUUGUGAUCCACUUUUCUUCUAUUCCCUAUAUAUGUGGCACAACUAUAUAUUUCCUAUAAUGCUAUAUAUCGAUGCUCUUGUAUGUUGUACCUAUAUUUGUGUGUGUUCUCAACAUAUAUAUUAUUGUUGCUGUUGAUGUAUUGUAUAUAUUAUAAAUGUUGUAAAUAAAUGUUGGAUAUUGUAAUUGAGUUUUGGAUUGA